UUGUCACAGUGUUACCAUAUAAAGUCAUGAUGCUUUUUUGAACUAGUUAAACGCUUCAGUAACGCCUACCCUAAAACUCACAAGAGUGCUGCCUCUAGAAACAGAAAUGGCCUUCGUCCUGCUCUUAGCUUAUACACUGGCAAAUAUAAUACCAACCCAUGCAAUAGAUGACAUUCAUCCCGCAAAGAUAUUUAUGAAGCAAGUUUCGACAGUAGGAGGUGAAGUAGAAGUAAUUUGCAGCACCUAUGGGUUUAGGAAAGACCCGUCAGAAUUGGUGCACAUAUACCUCUGCAAAAACGGAAUAGGAGUAAGAAGGCGAUCGGAGAAUAAAUAUUUUGAGACCAAAAUUAUUUUGAAAAAUGUGGCAAAAGACGACACUGGCAACUACAGCUGUGUGUUCUCAGUGUCUGAGUAUGAACUGAGGGAAGUCCGGAGAAAAGGGGAUAACUCUGUAUUUUUCCGGGUCAUCGGUGAUUUCAUCCCAGCAAACAUUGCUGUGAGGGAUGAAUCAGUGAGGGAAGGUGAUGAUGUGGUUCUAAGGUGUAGCCUUCAAGGUGUGCAGAUGGUGAACAGCAGCGCGUCCUUUGCCUACCUCAGUAAAGAUGGAGUUCCUGUACAAUUACAAACAUGGGACACAGAGAAGGAUGAAGCCAAAUUCACCAUUAAGAGAAUCACCAAGGAGAACAAUGGCAACUACAGCUGUGUCCUCUUCAAGUCAGGGUUACUCACCAGCAAGGCAAUGAAGUUGUAUGGAAAUAAUACUGUAUUACUCUCUGCUUCUGCCACUUUUAGUGGUGAUUUCAUCCCAGCAAACAUUGCUGUGAGGGAUGAAUCAGUGAGGGAAGGCGAUGAUGUGGUUCUAAGGUGUAGCCUUCAAGAUGUGCAGAUGGUGCACAGCAGUGCGUCCUUUGCCUACCUCAGUAAAGAUGGAGUUCCUGUACAAUUACAAACAUGGGACACAGAGAAGGAUGAAGCCAAAUUCACCAUUAAGAGAAUCACCAAGGACAACAAUGGCAACUACAGCUGUGUCCUCUUCAAGUCAGGGUUACUCACCAGCACGGCAAUGAAGUUGUAUGGAAAUAAUACUGUAUUACUCUCUGUUUCUGCCACUUUUAGUGGGUCCAUUCUAGUAAUUGGACAGGUGAUCUUCAUUUUACUGCUGAUUCUAGUCAUAAUGGUUGGAGUCUGGCAGUGUAAGAAAGGGAAAUCCAAAGGUGGCCCCGAAAGGGAACAGGAGGAGGAUAACAGGAAUAGCACAGAAAUUCGACACAGUGUACCUGUUCCCGAAGAUGACACGUUUCAGGAGACAGGCUGCCAUACAUAUGAAUCUGUUGAAUUAUCAGAUGAGGACGAAACCAGCUUUCAUGAUGGUGAGGCUGAAACUAAUGUUUUCGAAAACUGGUUAUAUCAUGAAAUAGAGGUGAGUGACUACAUGACCAUAGGCUGGAAUCUGUCAUUGCAUGCUUUGUCUUCCAUUAUACGGAAAGUUAGCUUUAUUGUCUAAUUGAGAAAAUGUCUUUAGUUAGUGCUACACAUAGAUUAGAUUCUUUUCAUAAAAAUACCAAAUAGGCUUAUUUGAAUUGUCUACAUCGUUUAGAAGAAAUGCUGAAAUGUUUCCAUUGUCAAGGCGUUUGUACUGUUAUUUGGUAGUUGGCUACAGUUUAUUAUUACCAAUGUUUCCAUUGCAGUACAUCUCUUGUUUUAUGCUAUGCUGUGCUCAGAAUAGGACACGUAGCUCGGGUGUGGAAAGACCCCCACUUGCACAGGUCUACAUUUGUAUUGCCUUUUUAACCACUUCAAAAUAGUGUACAGGGUUCAUAUAAAAACAGCCUUCACUGCUCUGUAGGGUGUAACUGUGUAUUAUUAUGUCUGGGUAGGAUGGGGGGGUGAGUGGUUUCAUAUGCAUGGUUAGGCAGCGAUAACUACAUCAGACGAAACCCAAG